AUGGAAAAUGCCACUAUAAUGUUUCACUUUAACCUCACCAUGUAUGUGAACAUAGGGUCUUACCGCUAUCCAGCGUUUGUUCUGUGCUUUCUGCUGUUUGCUUUUAUUGUCUGUGCUAAUCUUGUUAUAAUACUAGUAAUAUCACGGGAGAAAACACUUCAUGAGCCCAUGUAUAUUUUUAUUACAUUUUUGUCUGUCAAUGCUCUGUAUGGUUCCACUGGCUUCUUCCCCAGAUUCCUCAUGGACCUUCUGUCCGAUUCUCAUUUAAUUUCAGGUCCUGCUUGUUUCACUCAGAUCUAUAUUAUUUACACAUAUGCUUCCUAUGAAAUGACCAUCCUGGGUAUUAUGGCGUAUGAUAGAUAUGUUGCUGUAUGUGAUCCUUUACACUAUCACAGCAAGGUGACCCCUAAGAAAGUCCGUAUGUUGGCAGGCUUUGCUUGGAUCUGUCCAGCCUUUUCUAUUGCGCUGUGUCUUGGUUUAGUCAUUAGGCUUCCUCUGUGUGGCAACUCGAUCCUAAAAGUAUACUGUGCAAUCUGGAAUAUUGCUAAAUUGUCGUGUGUUCCCACUUUUAUCAACAAUAUUGUUGGCUUGCUUGUAACCACAAUUACAGUAAUCCUGCCCCUGAUCUACGUCUUGUAUACUUACUUAAGAAUAAUUCUUGUGUGCAGAAAAAGCUCAUCUGAAUUCAAGAGCAAAGUGUUUCAAACCUGCUUACCUCAUACUAUUUCAUUUGUCACUUAUUCCAUCACUUUAUUUUGUGAUAUUGCCUUAAGUCGUUUUAAUGUUGAAAAUCUAAACCCAUUUUUUGCUGUAAUUUUAUCAUUGGAGUUUGUAAUGAUACCUCCACUUCUAAACCCUCUUUUGUAUGGUCUGAAAUUACCAGAAAUAAGAAGGCACAUUUUCAGGAUGUUUUUAUAUUUAAAAACACUUUUUCCUAAACUGUCUCUCUGA